UCUGAAACUGUUUUCGGUGGCCGGUGGCUUUAUGCCGCCGGUCAUCAACCGUUUUGUUUUGUUUUUUUGUUUUAUAUAAAAUCGUUCGAUCUCACGAUCGAUUCUCCUUCCGCUUGGCGAAUUUCCCUUCGCGUUGGCGACUUUUGUGGUGAUGAAAUAAAGCUUCAGUCUUUACGAGUUAUACUCGUUUAUGAUUGAAUCAAGUCCGAUCGUGUCUGAUCGGUUUUAAUGGAAUCAAACUUUUCUUUCCUGUGUGAGGAACCGCUAGAUCGGUUUUGAAGAAGAGUAUUCUGAACAGAGAGGAAGAAGUGAUGUUGGAUUCAAUUUGGUGGCUUCGUGGAGAUUUAGUAGAGUUGGCACUGGUCCGACAAAAAAUCUUUCAUCAAGUCAAUCCAAUCAAUCCCAGAUUACUCAUCUGCAAACAGGAGAGAUUCUGACUAUAAGCAACGGUUUGGUGGUGAAGAAGCCUGAGAUCGGGUCAAUCAUAAGGAGGCAUGGUGAUUGAACGGCGGAGGUCAACGGUGAGGUCCGAUGGAUGUCGUUCCAGAGCUUUCUCCAAGAUGCAUGUCUCAUACACGUGGCAACAGAGGAUGAAACGGUGAAAGAAACGUGACUCAAUUGCUUCCUCACGAAGACUCUAGUUUAAGGUUUUCGUUUGGGCUUAGACCCAUUGUUGUAAAAAUGUAUUAAUAUGUAUUGGCCCAAUCUUUAUUGUGAAAAGCUAAUGAAAAGUUUGUUGGAAAAAAAAAAAAUAUAUGGUGGCAAAAGGAGAGCCGUUGGGUGAAAAGUAAGUUAAGCCAAUUAGUAGACAAGUGUAAAGGCGCCUAAAGGAGAAGGAGACAGAUGAACAAGUGGCCUUCUCUGCCUUAUUUAACCAUUAAAUUGAUAUUUUUUAUUGAUGACGUUCAAUGACGUUCAACUUCCUUUUCAUCUUCUUCUUUCUUCCUUUUUGUUCUGUCUUAAAAAAUAAGCAUAAAGAAACAAAGAAUAUCCUUGGAGAUCUGCACGUCUUCGUUUCUAGAAACAGCUGUGGUUGUCUUAAACCAUAUUCAUUGUGACUUCUUGUAUCUUUUCUCGAAUAGAUGUUCUCCCGAUUGUCAAUACAUGAGGUAACGUGGGAGGAAAGUAAACCGGAAUGAUUAGUUCUGGUUUAGGGCUCAAGUGUUUGAGAAUUUUCUGUUUUGUAACUGCGAUCGCAUUGCUUUGUUUAUUUUUGCUUCACAGGCUCAGAGAGGUUGUAUUCAUACCGCUCAACCAAUCCACUAGAGACUCAAAAUGUUGUCUUACCACCACCAACUCUCAAGUAGUGUUCUGUCUCUGCCUGGUUAAGUUUUUGUAGAUUAGAUGGAAAACAAACCAAGUGUCUUGACCGAUAAAUACGAAGUCGGAAGGUUACUAGGCCAAGGCACUUUCGCCAAGGUCUACUACGGAAGGAGUGUUCACACUAACCAAAGUGUUGCUAUCAAAAUGAUCGACAAGGAAAAAGUAAUAAAACUUGGGCUUAAUAACCAGAUCAAGCGAGAGAUCUCUGUAAUGCGUAUAGCUAAACACCCCAACGUAGUGGAGCUAUACGAGGUCAUGGCAACAAAAACAAGAAUCUACUUCGUCAUGGAGUACUGCAAAGGCGGAGAGCUUUUCAACAAACUCACCAAAGGAAAACUGAGAGAUGACGUGGCUUGGAACUACUUUUACCAGCUCAUCAACGCGGUUGACUUUUGCCACAGCAGGGGAGUGUAUCACCGUGACAUCAAGCCAGAGAAUAUAUUGGUUGAUGAGGACGACAAUCUCAAGGUGUCUGAUUUUGGUUUAAGCGCCCUUGCUGACUGCAAACGCCAAGAUGGUCUCCUUCACACUACUUGUGGCACUCCUGCUUAUGUUGCUCCUGAAGUGAUUAAUAGAAAGGGAUAUGAUGGGACCAAGGCAGAUGUUUGGUCUUGUGGGGUGGUUUUGUUUGUUCUGUUGGCUGGCUACCUCCCUUUCCAUGACUCUAACUUGAUGGAGAUGUAUAGGAAGAUAGGAAGAGGAGAGUUCAAGGCACCAAGCUGGUUUGCACCUGAAGUGAAGAGACUCUUGUGUAAGAUGCUGGACCCUAACCCUGAAACAAGAAUCACUAUUGCAAAGAUUAGAGAGAGUUCUUGGUUUAGAAAAGGUUUACACAUGAAACAGAAAAAGAUUGAGAAACGAGUCAAAGAGAUGAGUUCAGAGGAGAGCAAUACAGACCAGCCUAGAAGCAUAAACGCGUUUGAUGUAAUUGCAUUGUCUUCUAGGUUUGAUUUGUCAGGGAUUUUUGGUGACGUGUGUGACAAGCGAGAGUCUAGAUUCACAUCUAAGAAGCCUGCUUCAGUGAUCAUAUCUAAGAUGGAGGAAGCGGCGCAACGGUUGAAGCUGAGGAUAAGAAAGAGAGAAGCAGGUUUGUUCAAGCUGGAACGUUUGAAGGAAGGAAGGAAAGGAGUAGUGUCGAUGGAUGCGGAGAUAUUUCAAGUGACGCCGACGUUUCAUAUGGUGGAAGUGAAGAAAUGUAAUGGAGAUACUUUGGAGUAUCAGAAGUUAGUGAAAGAGGAUCUUAGGCCUGCUCUUGCUGAUAUUGUUUGGGUUUGGCAGAGCGACAAAGAUGAGGAGUUGGUGUCUGCUUCACAGCAAGAGAUAGAACAGAAACAGGAAGAAGAAUCGUUGUAGUUUUGAGAAGCUAUGAAGCACGGGGACGGCAGUUUGGUUCACGUACCCGUACCGGAAACGUUUUGGGGACGGAAAUGUUGACAUUUGAAGAUAAAAUAGAUUUAGGCUCUAAAGAGUUUAUUGAAAGACUAAUAGCUCAUAGAGCUUUAUUGAAUGAUAAAGAAACUAAAGAGAGGAAA